AUCAAAAUGGCCGACAAAACGGCUGAAGACUUUCCGCUUCACAAGGCAGUAUUUGAGGGCAAUCUAAGAAAAGUUUCGUCUUGUUUGCGGUCCUGUGAUAUCGAAGAACAAGAUAUUCAUGGAAACACACCCCUUCAUAUUGCUGUGUUACUUGGUAGACGAGAAUGUGUUUAUUUAUUACUGGCUCAUGGUGCAACAACGAAAAUAAAAAACAACCUGGGUUGGAGUCCACUGGCAGAAGCKAUCAGUUAUGGAGACAGACAAAUUAUCACCUCAAUUUUAAAGAAACUAAAAGGACAAAGUCGAGAGGGAAUMAAUGAGAGACGACCACAAUUGAUAAAUGCACUKAAGGAGCUUGGUGAUUUUUAUGUAGAAAUAGCKUGGGAUUUCCAAAGCUGGGUUCCUUUGCUGUCAAGAAUUCUACCAUCAGAUACUUGUAAAAUAUACAAGAAGGGAUGUUCUAUCAGAAUGGACAGUACACUGGUCGAUUUCACGGAUAUGAAGUGGCAGCGAGGGGAUGUUACUUUUAUUUUUAACGGAGAUGCUAAAGGAAAGCACUCGUUUGCGGUCCUCGAUAACGAAAGGAAGGUUUUUCAACGACUAAGAACUGAGGAAACUGAAUCAGAAAUCGAAGAAGAAGUAGAUUUACUAAUGAGCAGUGAUAUUGUGUCAGUGUACAUGUCGACCAAACCCAUCACAUUUGCCAAAUCUCAAGCUGGUUGGUUUUGGCGAGCAGAUAGACAGGAAAUGGUCGGUCCCUAUCUGUCAGAYAUCUACUGUGUGAAUGGAAUGAUGCUCAUCUCGAAAAAGAGGAGAGAACAUUUAACCGAAGAGGACUUGGUGAAAAACAAGGCACUUAUGGAAAGCAUUAGCAAAGGAGGGAACCUCAUAGAAAAUAUACCCGAGAUGUCAAGACGAGACUCUUUACACCCACCGCCAAARCCUGAAAUAGGAUGGUCUGAAUAUGUACGAUACGACACUCAAAAUCUCCCUCACCUUGGUCGACCGUUAGUCAUGAAGGAAGAGAAGAAACCGGUCAAGGCCUAUGUUGCUAUGAGCGAAGAGUUCCCUCURUCAUUGGACGUUGUCCUGAAUGUUCUGGAAGUGAUUGCACCGUUCAAACACUUCAAUAAGUUAAAAGAAUUCGUAGCCAUGAAGUUGCCUCCUGGUUUCCCUGUGCGAAUUGAAAUCCCAGUAUUUCCCACUAUUACUGCCAAGAUAACCUUUCAAGAUUUUAAAUAUUGUAAUGAUAUUCCUACUUCGAUGUUUUUUAUUCCACGUGAUUACAAGGAAGAUCCUAACAGAUUCCCAGACCUAUGACCAUAGUACAACACGUUUUUUCUGCAAAGCUACACAUUGAUAAUGGAAGCUGGUUUUCAUAAUAAGUGUACAUGCAUUAUAUUUUUUUAAUAUAAAUUAGUGUAAUAUAAUUAUAAACUAGUAGUUUCUAAGAGAACGGGCUGCAAAUAUCACGCAGAACCAGUAUUCAUGGUGUCCGUCUCUUUGAUGACUUCAUCUUUACCAAGUUUUAUUGCUUUUAAACUAAGGAUGAUAAAGAAAGCAGGAUUUCUACUGAGUAUUACUGAACAUUGUCACCAAAUAACUUCCCGAUCGAUCUGUAUGGCAUUUAACACAAGAAGCACAAAGCCAUGUGGGAUGGUCUCUGCAAUCAUAUAAGAGCAUGCGCAAUAAUACUCAUAAUGUACUUAUUACGCAUUCUCUUGUUUGACUGAAGCAAACAAAGCAGCAAAUGUCACUUUUAGUAAUUAUAGUCAUUAUUUAUAGAGAGGGUGACACUAAGUAGUAAAAACACUUAUAGAAUACAAUGGCCUUCUGUUCUAGAGACACACAAGGCUACUUUAGAAAACAACUGGCUUAAAGCGGAACAUUAAGUCUAAUAUGAUAAAACAAAUGUAACUCUCCCUUAUUUAUUUUAUUAAAUUUUUUUCAAAUCCA